AUGGCUUCGCCUCCGUGCGGCAACUUGGACUCCGGCCUGGAAAUCAAAACUCGCUCGGUGGAGCAGACGCUCAUCCCGCUGGUGUCUCAGAUCACGACGCUGAUCAACCACAAAGAGCGGCCCAAGAAGUCCGAGCGCACUCUGGCGGCCAUCCAGCGCGUCGGCCAGGCGGUCAGCGUGGCGGUGGGCCGCUUCGUCGCCGUCGGAGAGGCCAUCGCCGUCGAGAACCACGAGCUUAAGGAGGAGAUGGGACACGCCUGCUUUGAGGCGCGGCGUGCGGGGGACGCCAUAGCCCAGCUGACCGACGUGGGCGCGGCCUGCUCGCCUCCUUCACAUUCGGUGACGGUGUUCAGCGACCGCACCGGCAUGGUGAAGGCCGCCCGCCUCUUGCUGUCAUCUGUCACCAAAGUUCUGGUGUUGGCCGACCGCAUCGUCAUCAAGCAGAUCGUGGCGUCGCGCAACAAGGUCCUUGUGACUCUGGAGCAUCUGGAGCGCGUGAGCACCUUCCAGGAAUUUGUGCAGAUCUUCAGCCAGUUUGGCAACGAGAUGGUGGACUUCGCCCACCUCACGGGAGACAGGCAGAACGAUUUGAAAGACGAAAAGAAAAAAGCUCGCAUGGCAGCAGCACGGGCCGUGUUGGAAAAAUGCACUAUGAUGCUACUGACGGCCUCAAAGACUUGCCUCCGGCAUCCGGACUGCGAGUCCGCCCGCAUCAACAAGGACGCCGUCUUCCAGCGGAUGCGCUGCGCCUUGGAGCAGGUCGUGGACAUCGUCACGGAGGCUCGCGGCUGCGCGGACAGCGUCCUCCCCGCCAGCAUCUACAACGCCGUCAAAGACUACAAGAUGAGCGUGGAGUGCCUUCGCGAUAACCUGUACGCCUCGCCGCCGGACAGCGUGGGCCGCCAGAUGGAGGCGCUGGUGGAACGCACCGAGGAUUUCACCGACUCGGCGUACACGGGACACGAGCAGCGCCAGGCCAUCCUGGGCCUGUGCCAGCUGGCCCGCCAGGACGCACACCAGCUGCUGCGCGCCUGGACCCAGGCUCAGUCGGUCCAGGCCAAGGAGACCACCGAGGAGUUGGAGGUAGCCAUCGCCAAGUCGUGCCAGAGCGUCAAUGACCUCAGACGUGAACUUCACAAGGUGGCGGCGGGCCGUGCCUCCGAGCUGCUGAAGGUCCACACGGAGCAGUCGCCGCUGCGCGCGCUCAAGGCCGCCGGCACCGAGGGCAACCUGGAGGCGGUGGCGCAGCAUUCCCGAACGCUGACCGAGCAGAAAGAGCAACUGGUGGAGAACUGUCGGCUGCUGUGUCACGUAUCCGGGACCGAACCGCUGGAGAUCACCUGCGUCCACGCCGAGGAGACCUUCCACGUGAUCGGCCCGCAGAUCAUUUCUGCAGCGCAAACCCUGGCGCUGCACCCGUCCAGCAAGAUCGCCAAAGAGAACCUGGAGGUAUUUUGCGAGGCUUGGGAGUCUCAACUGGGCGACGUAGCUCUGCUGCUGCGCGAGAUCAACGACGUCAUGGAGGGGAAGCGAGGAGACAAACGAGGGUAUUUGUCACUUCCGAGAUCUGGCAAGCACUCUGCGAACCUGAAGAAUGCCAAGCCCAUAAAGUUGGAUGCUGAGGAGCAGAGCAGCGUGGCCAAAGUGGGUUUGGAGCUGCGGCUGCUGUCCUCCGAUAUAGACGCCGAACUGGAAAAGUGGGAGGACCAGGAACACCGGUUGCUGCGCCAUAGCCAAAGUGUCGCCAGCAUGGCCUACAGCAUUUACCUCUUCACCAGAGGUGAAGGGCUGCUCAAGACCACACUGGAUCUUUUCCAUCAAGCUGAGGUUCUGUCUGAUGAGGGACUCCAGCUGUGUGCUUCGCUACAUACCUUCUGCCCACAGCCGGUCGGAGAAGAGGAGUCGGCACUUAUGUCCGAAGUUGAGAAGCUGGCGGUGUUGUGUCAACAACUGCAAGCGGGGGCUAGGACCCCUGUCCAGGGCAAGAGCACCAACUUCCAGAAGGUUGACUCAUCAAUUCAGACUACCAGAGCCGUGCUGACCCUCAUCCUCAACCUCCUUCCUGCGUGUAACAAGCUCAUCACAAAGUUCAAAUCCGAGCGGAACAGCCUCGGCUCGCCGCAGGACUGGCCGCCGGAUGCCUCCACGCCCGUCCGAGACGGCGACGCGGCGCUCCACAACAACAAUAACAACAACGGCGACUUUGCCGUCAAACCCUUCGAGCGGCGCGUGGCCGGACUCAGCCUGCUGGAGAGCAACUAA